UUUACCCCGAAAAUGCAGAAAACCAAAAGCUGAAGUUUCACCCAAACGUGUUUUCCUCUCCUUUCGUUGAUUCAUUCCCAUGGCAAGAGUUAAGCACACCCCAGCAUCGCGUAAACCUGCAAGAAAGAAAGCGCCAUCAGCAUCUGCAUCAACACCACAAUCCCAAUCACCUCGUCGUAGCGAGCGGAGAAGAACUCAAGAGCAACCGCAGUCAGCUGAGACUCAGGGAGGGAAGAAAAGGCGCAGUAAGCCAGGAGCAGCGGCACUUCGCGAGAUUCGAAAAUAUCAGAAGACUUUCAAGCUUCUUAUCCCAGCUGCACCCUUUAUUAGAUGUGUCAAACAGAUUACAAACCAAUUAUCUACGCAGGUCUCUCGCUGGACACCAGAAGCUGUGGUAGCACUCCAAGAGGCAGCUGAGGAUUAUCUGAUUCAUAUGUUUGAAGAUGGAAUGCUCUGUGCAAUUCAUGCAAAGCGUGUUACUCUUAUGAAAAAGGAUAUUGAGUUGGCCCGUAGGCUUGCAGGAAUAGGAAGGCCUUGGUGA